CGCUGCCACCGACCAGAGGGGUGUGCGGGGUUUGCGGUCCGAGGCUCCGGGGUUUUCCUUGUGUCCUGUGUCGUGCGCUGACCUGCUUACUUCGUUGUGAAAGGAAGUUGUAUAACGAGCAAUUCGUAGCUAGUUUACGAGAUGUGAGCGUGGGACCGUGGGGAAGACAUGACAAGAAUUGUAAUAAUGCACAUAGUUGCGUCACGUGACAUAGUUUUUGAACAAGCGAGAGGAAAUACCAAAACUGUAUAAGCAACAGAAAAGACGAACGCAAAACCAUAUACCAUCGACGUACCAGAAGCACUGAGAAGAAAGAAAAAAACGCACUCCAAUCGCGACUGGCUCUCCCGACGCUCAGGCCGAAGGAAAUAGGGAAAGGUUGAUGUGAUGGCUGCGUGUGUGUUGCUUCUGACUGGCUCUUUCCUCAAGCGAAAGAAAAGUGCGACAGAGGCCCUUCGACAGCCCGAGAAACUUGAAACGUAGGAAAUGCGCCCUUUGGAGAUACAUCCUCGUGUUUGGCAGGUACUGAUUUCUCCCUGUGGUGAAUACCCUAGGAAGUAGGGCACUGGGAACCCGUUGCGCGCCGCCAUGGCCGAGCAUCUCGAUACCCCGGGCACGUCUCUGCCUGGUGGAGUCGCCUUCCAGAGUCCCCAACCUCCUGACGCGGACCAGAUUCUCCAGCGGUGCCGGGAGGAGGUCCAUUACCUCUACUACACCACGAACGACACCCGUAUACUCGCAGACUUCACGCUGUGCGAGGACUGCAACAUCACCAAUGAGGAACUCGAAAUCCUCGAACUGUCGGGCGUGUGCAGACCCUAUGACUUCUCAUACAUGCCCCUUAUUUACUACAUGUACGCGUCCAUAUUCGUGAUCGCGCUGUUCGGCAAUCUGCUGGUGCUGUACACGGUGGUGACGAGUCGCAAGAUGCACACCGUCACCAACUUCUUCAUCGCCAAUCUUGCCGUCGGGGACCUGCUCAUCAUGGUGUUCUGCGUCCCCUUCUCGGUCGCCUCCAUCAUCGUCCUGCAAUACUGGCCCUUCGGAGAGGGUCUCUGCAUCUUCGUCAACUAUUGCCAGGUAAGACCGAACAAAGGGAUUCCACAAGCGUCUCAAAAUCUAUCGCUUCUCGGCCUUUUGACUAAGAUCAAAGUGUUCUCAAAAUAUUCGAGUAAAGAGACCUCACCUGAAUCAAGACUGGUAAUUUAUGGCUCUUCUGCUUAUGUAUUUAGGUGUGGAAAGGCGGUAGUUAAAGCGUUGGUCUGGUUUCAAAUCUUUGAUAAAGAGGGAAUAAGUACAUCUGAUGUAACUUCGCGAGGUAUACCAGGUCAGGCUGUUAUCAAGGAACAUUUUUGCUAA